ACGAAAAGCUCAGCAAUCGUUGUCAACGAUGGUGCCAUGAAGGAGGUGGUAUUUUAUUCGUGCGAACAAGUUGUCUGCGGGCGGACGUGCGCAUUUUGGUUGUUUUUGUUUAAUAUCAGUACGGAAAAAAGAACUUUGCACAUUCCCUUGAGUUUUUUUUUAUAUACCGGCUUAUUCUUGUUCGUAUUUGUAUUCGCAAUUGCUGGCGCAGCAGUCAAGUAUAGUGCAAUAUUAGCCCGGCCCGAGAUCCAUAUCACCUGGCAGAGCAACAGACAACAGACGGCGAAAUGGACGCACACGCACACCACGGCGCACCCAAUGUUGCCUCGAUUCGAUUGUAUUCCGAACAGAACUGAUAGACCAUUCCAUGCACGGACACGAUCACGCGAACAUGCAUCACGAUCACGAGCACAUGGGCCUGGACACGACCACGCUGAGCCCGCCGCUGGCGACGCCGCACGGCGAUCUGGCCAUGGGCAUGCAUCCUGGCCAUCAUCAUGGCGGCGGCACGGGCACCGGCAUGGAGCACAUGAUGUCGAUGGCGUUCCAUUUCGGAUACAAUGAGACAAUCCUGUUUUCCUGGUGGCACAUCGAGACGGUCGCGGGCCUGAUUGGCUCCAUGAUAGCCAUCUUUCUGCUGGCGCUGCUCUACGAGGGCCUCAAAUACUAUCGCGAGUAUCUGUUCUGGAAGACAUACAAUCUGCUCGAGUAUCGGCCGGUGACGGGACCACCGCAACGCAAUCCGGAGGCGCCGCGCCUGCCCACGCCCGCCGCCGCCGCUCCAUCGCCCGUGCAAUACGUUGGCGAAGUUGUGCACAAACAACCACCGACAAUGCUGUCCAUCAAUCAUCUGUACCAGACGCUGCUGCACGUGCUCCAGGUGACGCUCUCCUUCCUGCUAAUGUUGAUCUUCAUGACAUACAAUGUAUGGCUCUGUAUGAUGGUGGUGCUGGGCGCCGGCAUUGGAUACUUUCUGUUCUGCUGGAAGAAAUCGGUAAUUGUCGAUGUCACCGAGCAUUGCCACUAACAGCUGCCCGUCUGCAACCCCUACCUACCCCCCCCCUCCCCCU